UGUGCCUUCCUGUCUUCUUCAGUGAGAAGCUUUAUGUAGGUCAGGCUUGGCUUAAGCAGAUUUCCUGAACCUGCGUCAGCUUAAGCUGGAGGAAUUUUAAUAAACCCUCCCCUGUAGGCGUGGGCCUAAAUGAGGCCAGCCUAGUUAAGCCUGAUCUUUUUCUGUUUGUGAAAAGAGCUGAGCAGAGCUGAAGGCUGCAUGGUGGUUUCAGAAACUGCCUACUUAAUUUGAAAAUAACAAUGGUAGGAAAAGCUAGAUCUUCCAAUUUUACCUUAUCUGAAAAGCUUGAUCUGCUAAAGCUUGUGAAGCCCUAUGUUAAAAUUCUCGAAGAACACACUAACAAACAUUCAGUGAUAGUGGAAAAGAAUAGAUGUUGGGAUAUCAUAGCAGUUAACUAUAAUGCAAUUGGAGUAGACCGCCCUCCUCGAACAGCGCAGGGCCUGCGCACUCUUUACAAAAGGCUCAAAGAAUAUGCCAAACAGGAGCUAUUGCUGCAAAAAGAGACCCAAUCAGAUUUUAAAAGCAAUAUUUCUGAGCCAACCAAGAAAGUUAUGGAGUUGAUUCCCCAGAUUUCCAGUUUUUGCCUGGUAAGAGACAGGAACCACAUACAAAGUAGUGCAAACGUGGAUGAGGAAACACAGGCUGGUGCCAGUUCCCUACAGGUAAUGUUGGAUCACCAUCCAGUUGCUAUUACAGAGGAGGUGAAGCAAGAAGAAGACAUUAAACCCCCUCCGUUGGUUUUAAAUUCUCAACAGAGUGAUACAUUAGAGCAAAGAGAAGAACAUGAAUUAAUACAUGUUAUGGAAAGAUCUUUGUCACCGUCACUUUCCUCUGUUGAUAUGAGAAUGACAUCGUCUCCAUCUUCUAUCCCAAGGAGAGAUGAUUUUUUUCGGCAUGACAGUGGAGAACAUUUUAGGUCACAAUUAGGGUAUGAUCCUCAGAUUCUGCAAAUGCUGAAAGAGGAGCAUGAAAUAAUUUUAGAAAAUCAAAAAAAUUUUGGAUUAUAUGUUCAGGAGAAGAGGGAUGGAUUGAAAAGAAGGCAGCAGCUAGAGGAAGAGCUGCUAAGAGCAAAAAUUGAAGUGGAGAAGCUAAAAGCAAUUCGCUUACAGCAUGAUCUACCUGAAUAUAAUAGCCUCUAAGAUUUUUUUUCUUUCUCAGUCUUACAUUUUGAUAAUUUUAAUUUUGGCCAAGUUACUUUCAUUUGGGAAUAUCCUGAAGUGAGUACAUAUUCUUUAAAAAUUGUUUUUAGUCUAUUAUGAAAAGGGUUUUUUGACAUGAUUUUCUAAUUAUUUUCUUUUGAGAUUCUUUUCCUGCCAAAGUUGUGUCAGAGGAGACCUGGUGAAAUAGAAUAGUGAGAUAAGAUCCAGAGUCUCCUAACACAAAUGCUGAAACACUGAUUGGCAUGGUUAUAAAUCUUUUUUCUUCCUCCAGUUUUUUUUUUCUCUAAGUUUAAUUGUUGGCCUUACAAAAGAUAUUUUAUUUUGAUCAUUAACAUAUAGCAUACAUAUAAAUACAUAAAUAUUCUUUCACCGUUCUGAAUCUUCAACUUUUUUUUUUGAUGGAAGUACUGGGUAUUGAACCCAGGACCUCUGCGUGCUAAGUAUUCACUCUCUCACUGAGCCCCUGAAUCUUCAACAUUUUACGAUAGUGCUUUGAAAGCUGUAGUUCAGGGUUUUUAAGUCAGUCUAGUUUAGAAGCAAUACUAAACUGCAAGAAGCUUGUCUAUAUGACAUUGAUUUUUAUGCUUUCAUUCUUUGAAAGUGUAAGUCCUUGGGCUUUAGAAAAGGAAGUUAAUGGGAGAAUGCUUUUUCUCACCUCAAUUUCAAGGUAAUGAAACUGAGGUCCAGGGAGAACUCAAUGAUUAACUUGAUGUAAAAAGCUCUUUAUGGCAGAGCAAGGACCAGCACUCAGUUUUUGCUUCUCUGUAAUUUUUCCCCUCUGCUAUUCUAUAGAAGUAAAAAUCCACUAAAAUAUCCUACACAAUAAAAAAAUAAAAACAUAUCUGUCCUUAAAAUUGCUUUUAAAGAUUGAUGGGUUGUGGAAUCAGGGGAAUUGUGUCAGUUACUCCCAUCCUCCUUUUUUUUUUGUCCAGCAAAAUAAGAUGCUCUGUUGGAGCUGUUAUAUAUUUUGACUAUAGGAUUUAAAAUGUCUUAAUUCAUUUUGAAUGUCUUAUUCUUAAAAAGAUUUCUCACAGUAAAAUCACAAUAAAAGCUCUAAUGAACAAUAUUAACAUUUUACUUAGCAUAAAAUAGCAACAAAUUAUAAUUUGUAGUGUCAGUAGUCUUUUAAUUUUUUUGUAAAUAUUGCUAUUUCAAUAUUUGUGGAAAUAAAACUUUGAUUCUUAAAGCAUACAUAUUACAUUUAUGUUAAAUCUCUAAUAGGUGUGUUACUUAAGCUUAGAUUUCUAUUUUUGCUGGGGCUUUGUUGAGGAAGGAUAUUUAAGCCAAAUUUUAGAAUGGGGUGCGUAGGAUUUCAGCAGUAUAGAAAAGGUGUUUAUGUCAGAGUGAGCAGCAUGAAAAAAGGCAUAGAGAAAGGGGAAAAGUGGGUCAAAGUGUAUGAGUACACGCACGGUGCUCAAGCCCGGUGGUUUUUAAGUGGACGUAGAGAGGGCUGGUUGGGCUGUGAUAACCUGGACCGGGACACACACCUUGACUAAUUGCAGUAGCUGCUGUUUAGCUCCAGCAAAAUUUUUACGUGCGGAAAUAAGCCAGAAACCUGCAUUUUUAUGAGAAAUUUUCCAUUUUUGAAACAUUUGGAAAUAGUUUAAAAUGUUUAAAACAAUACAUAGACAAACAUGUGAGUGGUCCUCAUUCAGCCAGUGGGCUAGUGGCCUUUGGAGUAGAGCAGUGGUUCACCAAGUAUAGAUUUUGACCAGCAGCGUCAGCAUUGCUUGAGAAUGUGUGAGAAAUGGAAAUCCAUCCCUUUUGGGUCCAGAGCUUGCGGGGGUGAAGUCCAGCAAAAACUCUUUAGAGAUUCUGAUGCAAUCUAAAACCCACCCCCAGAGAACACUGUAAUAGAGUAUUCUGGAGCCUAACAUGGUACCUAAAUCAUACUAGAUUCUCAAAAAUUUUUGUUGAAGAGUAGGUGAGGGUAAAUUGAGGGAUAUCAGUAUGGAAGUUGGAAGCUGAUUGGUACCAGAUUAUGGAUUACAUUAAAUGCUGUUUUUAAGGAAUCAAAUGUAUGAUGGAAAGCCAUGGAAGGCUUUUGACGAGGGGCAUAUGAUUUAAUGUCAUAAUAGCAGCAUUUCAGGGUGGGCAUUGUAGUGAGGGGAAAUUAAAUCUAAAAUUUAGGUUAUGGCUAUAGGAAAAGAAAGAAUAAAAAUAAAAUGGCCUCUAUGGUACUGUAGUAGCUUGUUGACUGCUUAAUUUCAUUGGCAUUUUAUAUCUGCUAUAAAAAGGUUAGAUAUUUUAUUAUAAAAAGCCUUGAAUGUAUGAUAUGAUAUAUCUUUUUGACAAUUUCGGCUUCUUUAUGCUGUGACUUUUCUUUCAGUCUGAUGAAUCUUAUAAUUCUUACUUAGGUGAUGUUUUUACAAUAUAAAUCUAGUAAAUCUUUACUGUAGUAAGCUUUAACUUUUUGAAAUUAUUGAGAACAAAUGACCAUACAAAAUGUAAUUCAUAUUACAAUCUUAGCAUGGUACUACUCAGAAUUGUUAAUGAAUGUUCAGUUUGAAUGCUGACUUUGUAUAGCUAAGUCAGUUUUCCAAGUAUUUUCUGUGGAACAUUAAUUCUGUGAGAUGUUUUUAGGAAAGUUAUGUGUUCAAAAAAGUACAGCAUACAUCUUUUGGUGGCUAGGGUCUAAAAUAAGUGUGGAAGGUAAAAAAAUGUACACUAUACAAAAUUGUCCUUGAAAAUUUUUUUGCUGUCCAGAAAAUAGUGUAAACAUAGUCUAUUACAGUCAUAUUUUUCUCCAAGCGUUUAAGAUUGUUGUUUCGUUGCCUGUGUCAGGUAACAAAUUUGUUAGCAUUUAGGGACUGAGUAGAAUAAAAAAAUCUUAUUUUUUCAUAUUUUUAAACACUCGAAUUACAGCCACUGCAGUGAUUUUUCUGCAGCAGUUUUUCUGAGUCAAUCUUGUUUUGAUAUUAAUUGGCAAAAAUUAACAUGCAUGUGAUUCUGCUUCAUUUUCGUUGCUCCACCUCCCACACAUGCAACUGUAAUUAGCAUAGUAUCGUUUAUGAGAAUUCUUGUACAAAGAAGGACUUAUUUGACCAUUGAACUCUUUGGAGUCUAUUUGUUAUUAUCUUACAGAGUAUCUUAGGGAAAUUCUGAGCUAAAGGUUUUUUUUGUUUUGAGUGAAGUACAGUCAGUUACAGUGUGUCAGUUUCUCGUGUACAGCACAAUGUCCCAGUCAUGCAUAUAUAUAUGUAUAUUCGUUUUCAUAUUCUUUGUCAUUAAAGGUUAUUAUAAAAUAUUGAAUAUAGUUCCCUGUGCCAUACAGAAGAAACUUUUUUUUGAUCUAUUUUUAUAUAUAGUGGCUAACAUUUGCAAAUCUAUAAAGUUUUUUUCUUUUUGUAUUGAGACUUUUUUGAGUUUCUGACUACUUACCAACGUACAUUAGCAGUUUUUACUGAGGACAGUUUUCACUAAGGGGACUAUACAGGGACAAAUUCUGAUAGUACCAAUGGAAUACAGCUGAAGUCACCAGACGUCCUAUGUACUGUAGAGAACUCUUUGGGGCUGUGAGCUUUACUUACAAAAUGUAAUGCUGGGAAGACAUAGAAAAGUGUGAUUUUAUUUUAAAAAUGUAGACUUGGUUCUGUAGAAAUACAUUAAAUUUGAAAAAUAUACUAAGUCAAAAGACUAUUUCAUCCAACAUAUUAGUAAUUUAGUUAGUGAAUAGGCUGUUCUUGCCACUUUCUUGUCUUUUCUUAUCCAUCUAAUCUUAAGUGGGUACAUUGUUUUUUUACAACUUACAAUUUUUGCAACCUAGGUAUGAUUUAUAAUAGCAUCCUGAUAAAGUUAAUGAUGCUCUUUCAUUUCUAAUAAGUGCUAGAUUUCUUAAAAUAUUCAAAUUAAAUACUUUUCUUUUGUGUAUAAUGAGACAUCAACUUGGUGUUAUUAAGAUUCACUCUACCCUAUUGCAUCUUAUGUGAAAAUGUUUAAAAUAUCAGUUAUUUUCCAUGUGCCUUCUUUUAAAAUAAUGUCAAAUUUUAAGUAGAUAUGUUUAGAUAAUUGAGCAUGGUAAGUUGUAAUUAAUAUAUCCUGUAGAUGAUAGUGGUUAAAUGCUUUGUCAUUACAUGUUCUUUUAAAUGCAAGGUAAUACAUUGUACUGAUUUGUGUUCUCUUUUUUGUGCCAUGAAACAAAAAGUUCAGUACUAUAGAGGUAAAAUUCUUUGAUGAGGCAUAAUUGAAAUGUUUCUUUAGAUGACUGUACUAUAAUAGAUGCCAAAUGUACCAUGCCUAAAUUUCAUAAUAUAUUUUUUUCAAAUGUUAAGAUCCACAGAUUCUCAAAAUCAAUUAAAUAUUUGAUGGUGACUUUGAUUGUAAAUAAUUAAAAAUAAUUAGGUGAAAUAUGGUUGCAAUUCUUAAAUACAAAAGAGUAAAUUCUUAAAAUAUGCAACCUACUUAAACAUUGACAGUCAUGCUAGAUCUUUGUAUAUAAUUUUGAGAAAUUGGUUCAGUGUUUUUUAUAUCUGUUUCAUUAAAAGUAGCAGCUAUAAUUUGAAUUUGUUAUUUAUUUUUAGUUUUCAGUUCAUUUGUAAAUAGUAGAAAAGCAAAGUAAAUAAAGAAAAAUAGAAAUACCAUUCAAGUUAGUUCAAACAAUUUAAACUAAAAUGGAUGUAUUGUUAGACUUACACUUUGUUAGAUCUUUUGUGAUUUUAAAAUUAUGUGUGAAUUCACCUCUGUUACAAAGAUUAAGAAACCCUUCAAAUAUACAGAAAAAGUUAAAAACUUCAACUUUUCUGUAAACAUCACAUGCCUACCACCUACAUUCUACAUUUAAUGUUUUGUUAUAUUUGUUUUAUAACAUUUUUAUUCACCUAUCCAGCCAUUCAUUUUUUAAAAGAAAACAAUUAUUUUUAAAAAGUUGCAGAAUUAAAGUAUUUUUCCCUUAAAACUUUAACAUGAGUAUUAUGAACUGGGGUUCAAUAUUUAUUUGUGGGUGUGGUUUUUUUUAAGUAAGAUUUGCCAACAGUGAACUGCACUAAUCUUAAAUGUACCAUUUGAUGAGUUUUGACAAGUGACUACACCUGUGUAGCUUAAAUUCCCAUCAAGAUUUAGAAUAUUAUCAUCACCCCAAAAAGUUCUCUUUUGCCCCUUCCUAAUCAAUCCCCUGGCACCUCAGGCAACCACUGUUCUAACUUUUAAAAAACCACAGGUAAAUUUGGCCUGUUCAAGAACCUAAUAUAAUUGAAGUCAUACAGUAUGGACUGUUUGUUUCUGUUUUCUUUCACCCAUCUUAAUGUUUUUAAUAUUCAUCCACUCUCUUAUCAGUAGUUCAUCAUUGCUUUUUGUUGCUGAGUAGUAUUCCAUUUAAUAGAUAUACCAUUUGUUUAUCCAUUAUCUUUUGAUGGACUUCUGGGCUAUUUCCAGAUUUUAGCUAUUAUGUAUAUUCUUGUGUAAAUUUGUUAUAGACUUAAAUGCUGGAUUAGGGAAGAUAUAUGUUUAAAUCUUUAAGAAACUGCCAGACCUUUUCUCAAAUUGAUUGUAUCAUUUUACACUUUGAUCAACAGUGUAUGACUUUUAAAAUAAAGCUUUGCAUGUUCAUUGAUUGGAAUAUCAGAAUUGAAAUUGGUGAAUAACUUUUCUGAUAUUUAAAUAAAUUAAAAAUGCUAGGCAGAUAGUUUGGAUAUCUGGAAUAUUGUAGUUUUAUUGAUUUUUUUCUAUUUAGCACUUACUUGCAUGUAUGCUUUGAUAUAAGAUAUUGAGAAAUAUGAUGAAAUGUGUAGUCCCUGCAAUGCUCUUAAAAUAUACUGAAAAUGACCUUUAAUGCAAAGAAAUAUCUUCUAGGUUUAUUUUAUGCAUAAUGAUACUUGUACUUAGUUGACAUUCAAUUUCCCUUAUUAGAUAAAGAAAACUAUGGAUGAUUACCAGUUUGAAGGAGUUUGUAUAGUAAUGUUUAUAUA